AACAUCGUGGAUAAAACAUUGCACACACGGAUAUUAUUCAUGAUCUGACAUUUCAUUGUGGAUUUGUUGUUCAAAAUUUUUCUUUUUAAAAUUUUGGCACUCAAACUUAUUUUGCAUGCUUGCAUUUUUUUUGGACCAAAUUAAAGGAUAAUUAAAUCAAAUUUGUUGAUUGAAAAAAAAUUGAAAGGCGAAGGACCAAAGUAGAAAAAACACUACAAAUAGGUGAUGGUUUCAAAGUUCUCAGAAAAAAUUUAAUUGAGGCUUGAUAAAUUAAUAGCAUGCUUGUUUUUGUAUUUUAAAAAUAUUUUUUGACAAAAAUUGAAGUUUUUUGUUUUUACUUUAAAUUAAUUUUGUUAGUGUUUUCAUUUCAUUUUGAUAUGCUGAUAUCCAAAAUAAAUUUUUUAAAAUAAAAAAUUAUUUUAAUUUAUUUUUUUAAAAAAAUACUUUAAAAAAUAAUUGAUAUUACAAUAUUAAACAAGCUCUAACUCAAUAACUUCCCGACUACAAAGCAAGUUAACUCAAGAACUCAUUGAUACAAGAUUUAACUCGCGUCAAGUCAAAGAAAAAAUCUGAUUUUUUUUUUAUAUGGAAAUGAGGUGUUAGACUAAUUUUUGUGAAAUCAAGCUGGGUUAAUCAUCUCACAUCAAUCCCAUAAAAUCUAUAAGGAUCAACACCCGGAUAGGCCUAAUUUAUAUAGUGGAAAACCAACCUUGAGAUUAAUUAAAAAAAAAAAAAAAAACAGGCGGGAUAACCUUCCGUCCCAAAAAUUCGCCCACAGUAAUCCUUCCAACAGUUACUUUGGCGCCAAAAAUUUCAAAAACACUAAAUUAAUAAUUAAUUCCUAAACAAUUAAUUAGCCCAUCAAUCAAAUCAAUCGAAAGUCAUAAUAACCCAUGCCCUAUUCUCUAUCCUUGCCCUACUUUAUUCCACAUAAAUAAAUUAAUAAACCCUAUUUUUUCCAGCACUUUUUAAAAAGAUAGAGUGUUUGAAAAACCAAAAACACACUCUGCCUCUCAGUGUUUAGUAUUGGGAAGAUAAUUAAUUUUUAAAGUGUUUUUUUUUUAAUAUAUUAAGCUAAUAUUUUGUUUUUAUUUUUAAUAUUAAUAUAUUAAAAUAAUUUAGAAAUAUAAAAAAAUUACUUAAGAAAAAAAUUAAAAUUCUUGACAUUCCCGCGGCAGCCGCUUUGACAAACGGUUUUCUUAUAAAAACAACUCCGUGUGCCACUCUCAGUAAAGCUUCACCCUUUCUAAAACAAGAAACUUAAGCCUCUCCUUUUGUUUCUCUGUUUUUUUUUUUUUCCUGCUAAAAGCUUGAAUAUUUUUUGAUGACAAGAGUCGGGAAGCGGCAGAGACCGGCGAAAUCGACGGCGGGGGUGAAGGAGGAAGCUGCGGAGAAUGGUGGGUCUGAGGAGGAAGUGAAGGAAAGUGGGGGUUUAGUUGAAGGUAGUGAAAUUGAAGGGAAAGUGGAGGAAACUUGUCAUUUCGAUAAGUCAAAGGAUGUCUCAAAUAAGGGGAAUAGGGAGUGGAAGGUAAAGGAGAGUGAGAGUAGAGUUAGUGAAGAAGAAAGGGAAGGUAAUGGUGUGGAGGAAGGGCGAGAAUGUGAUCUGAAGGAGAAUGCGAAUAAGGGUAAAAAGAAAAAGAAGGGAAAGAAGAAAGAAAGUGAUAAUGAGAAGGAGAAGGAGAAGGUGAAAGAAGGGAAUGAUGAAAAGGGGGUCUCAUCUGUUGUGAAAGAGAAGAAAAGGGUGAAAUUUGCUGAGAAAGAGGUGGCGAGUGUGGAAGAAGGCGAAUUUGGUGAUAAAAGUGAAGUGCGGUUUGUGAAGCAGGAAGAGAGAGGGUUUGCUUGGAAGGAAAAACAGGAGGCUGGUACUGAGGAAGAAGAAGAGAUAGCCGUAGAUAAUGGAAAAGAAGGUAAAUUAGAUGGGAAAAGGGAAGAGAAAGGGAAAAGGAAGAGGGAGAAGAAGGGAGGUAAAUUGAGGAAUCAGGAGGUGGAUGAUGAGGAAGGGAAAGAGAUUGGAGAGCUGGGAGUUGAAGGGAAGGAAAAAGUGAAAUUUGUUGAGAAUGAAGGAGAGAACAGUGAAAAGGGUGAGAAGAAGGGAGCUGAAUUAGGUAAUGAGGAGGAGACUGUUGUCGGCGUGGAAGAGAAUGGAGGUCCAUUAAAGAAGAGGCCGAGGAAAAAUGAGAAAAAGGUGAAUUAUGCUGAGAUUGAUAGUGCAUUAGAUGAGGUAGUGUUUGGGGAGAAACAUAGGAAGAGCCAGAAGGAGGAUGGAGUCUCGGAUAGUAGAAAGAAGAAAGCACUCUUGGAGAAUGAUGGGCUGCAACGUGAGAAAAAGAGUGAAAAUGGUGAUGUAAACAACGAGGAGAAGGGAACUGCAUUGGGUAAUGAGGAGGUGGAGAGUGAGGAGGGGAAGGAGACUGUUGUUGGUGUGGAAGAGAAUGGAGGUCCCUUAAAGAAGAGGCUGAGGAAAACUGAGAAAAAGGUGAAUUAUGCUGAGAUUGAUAAUGCAUUAGACGAGUUAGUGUUUGGGGAGAAGCAUAGGAAGAGCAGGAAGAAGGUGGGAGUCUCGGAGAGUAGACAGAAGAAAGGGGUCUCGGAGUGUGAUGGAUUGGAAAGUGAGAAAAAGAGGGAAAACGGUGAUGUGAAUAGUGGGACAAAGAGAGCGAGUCAAAAAGGGAAGAAGAAGCAGGAGGCGCAGGAGAAAAUUAAAGGAGAAGAAGAAAUGGAAGAAAGUGGUGAAGGCAAAGGUGAAGGAGAUUCUUUGGUGAUUUGCACUGGGACAGGUCAUGGGCCCAGGAGUCAGAAAGAGCAAGCUGGGCAGAACAGCAAAUCCUGGCGCACUAGUCAGUUCACUGAGGAAGCGUGUUUAAUGUGCCACCAAUGCCAGAGAAGUGAUAAAGGCCGUGUCAUUCGAUGCCUGAAAUGUAAAAGGAAGCGCUAUUGUAUCCCCUGCUUAACAAAAUGGUAUCCUAAGAUGACAGAGGAUGAUAUUGCAAGUGCUUGUCCAGUUUGUCUUGGAAAUUGCAACUGUAAAUCUUGUUUGCGUCUAGAUGCGCCAGUAAAAGACCUGAAAAAUUUAAACCUGGAAGUAAGCGAAGAAGAAGAAGUGCAGCACUCUAAGUUUUUACUUUGUUCACUUCUUCCAUUUCUGAAGCGGUUAGAUGCAGAGCAAAUGACGGAGAGAGAAAUUGAGGCUAGGAUAAGGGGUGUACCGCCUGCAGACUUACAGAUAGAAAAUGCUAGCUGCCCUGCAGAUGAACGCAUGUUCUGUGAUAAUUGCCGAACUUCUAUUUUUGAUUAUCACAGAAGUUGCUCAAAUUGCUCUUCUGAUCUUUGUCUUCUCUGUUGCCGUGAGAUCCGUGCUGGAUGCUUGCAAGGUGGUGGGCCGGAUGUGGUUAUGGAGUAUAUUGAUAGGGGAUUUAAGUAUAUGCAUGGUGAACAUGAGGAAAUAAAAGAUGAAUUGCUGACUGGUUCGCCUAAAAAGACUGUCUCUGAGGAUUUUAUAGGGCCAAAGUCUGGAUGGAAAGCAAAUGAAGAUGGAAGCAUUCAUUGUGCUUGUGGUAGUGGCAAUUUACAACUGAAAUGUUUGUUCCCAAACACAGAAGUUAAUUUUUCAGUUUCAGUUUCAGUUUCAGAGUUGGUAAAGAAAGUUGAAGAUGUGUUAAAAAACUGUGAAAUUGACUCUGCUAAUGCUCCCGUUGAACUACGCAUGUGUUUUAAUUCGAAUGGCAAUCGUGAUAUCUGUAAUGGUAACGAGUUGUUAAAAGCAGCAUGUCGAGAAGAUUCUGAUGAUAACUAUUUGUUCAAUCCAAAAGCCAAAGAUAUCAUGGAGGAUGAUUUGAAACAUUUUCAGUUCCAUUGGAAGAGAGCUGAGCCUGUGAUUGUUAGCAAUGUGCUUGAGACUGCUUCUGGGUUAAGUUGGGAGCCGAUGGUAAUGUGGCGUGCCUUCCGCCAGAUCAAACAUGAAAAACAUGGUACACUUUUGGAUGUUAAGGCAAUUGAGUGCCUGAGUUGCUGUGAGGUAGAAAUUAAUGUCCAUAAAUUCUUUACUGGUUACACGGAGGGAAGGUUUGAUGGUAAAAAUUGGCCUCAGAUUCUGAAGCUGAAAGACUGGCCCCCAUAUAAAACAUUUGGUGAAAGUUUGCCACGACAUGAUGUUGAAUUCACCUGUUGUUUGCCCUUCAAGGAGUAUACUGACCGCCGCAGUGGACCUUUAAACCUUGCUAUCAGGUUGCCUCAGAAUUCUUUGAAGCCAGACAUGGGGCCGAAGACAUAUAUUGCUUAUGGAUUUCCUAUAGAGCUUGGGCGUGGAGAUUCUGUUACCAAGCUUCAUUGUGACAUGUCUGAUGCGAUAUCACAGGCUUAUAUUUGGGAGCUUUGAAAACUAUAGUCAGGGAUCAGCAUCGUGUCUUGUUCCAAAUAUUGCAUAAAAAAUCAAGAAAGUGACUUUAAGCAGCAUUGGGUAUUUUCAGUGGUGAUGCUCAACUAACUGUUGUAUGAUACUCUUUGUAUGAGUUGUGUUUGAAUUUUUUUUCCAACCUGCUUAGAGAAAAGGUAAUAUGUUUUGGUCUGCAAACAUGAGGUUGCAAACUUGAUGCUUGACAGCAAGCUCUCAGUGAGAAAACGGUCAAGAACUGUCAGAUUUCUCUCACUAGGAUUCUGCUGGGAUGGGGCAAUGACUAAUGGUCUUUUUGUUAAUGAUAGAUUUUCAUAUAUUCUGACAGAAAAAUUUAAGACUUGAAAUGUGGAAUUUUUCCUUUUUCCUGCCAGCAGUGAAUCUUGAUAUUAUAGUAUCUACAUGUGCUGGGGCUGUCAAGACUGGGAUCUGAAAUAAUUAUUUAACCUCAUGAUUGGUCUUUUAUUCAUGAUUAUUUUGUGCACAAUAAAUUUGCUG